AACGUCAUUGACAACACGUCAAAAAAUGGCAGAAUUUGGUCCAAGUAGGAGCGAUAUUGAAGACAUUUUUAAAAGAUUACGUGCAAUUCCAGCUAAUAAGACAUGUUUCGAUUGCAAUGCAAAGAAUCCAGCAUGGUCCAGUGUGACUUAUGGAGUUUUCCUUUGCAUCGAUUGCUCUGCUGUUCAUCGGAAUUUAGGAGUACAUUUGACAUUUGUACGUUCAACUCAGCUUGAUACAAAUUGGACUUGGUUACAAUUAAGGAAUAUGCAAUUAGGUGGAAAUGCUAAUGCUAGAAAGUAUUUUGCUGAACAUAAUUGUAUUACAACGGAUGCCCAACAGAAGUAUAAUUCUCGUGUUGCAAUGCAAUAUAAAGACAAAUUAGCACUGGCAUCUGCACUUGCAAUGCGACGUCAUGGAACAAAAGUUUUUCUUCCUCCAACACAAAAUAAAACAAUGUUGCACUUAGAGGAGAAUAUGGAACCGGACACAGAAGAAUCCAAAGAAGUGGAUUUCUUCCAAGAACAUGAAAAUUUUGAUCUAAAUUCUGAUGAACCUAACAUUACAACAGAAGAAAAAAUUGUAUCUAAUUCUGCAGUAAACAAAGAAAAUGUAAAGAAAGAUGAAACAAGUGCAUCUUCGGAGAUUGUUCUUAAUACUGUAGGGCCAUCCGUAAGACUAUCAGAGUCUGCUUCAUCUGCACAAUCUGAAAGAAAGUCUACUAUUGGUGUUAGGAAAGUUCAAUCUAAACGACCAGGUUUUGGAAAAAAAGCUGGUGGAUUAGGAGCACAACGAGUCAAAACUAAUUUUGAUGAAUUAGAAAAAAGUGUCGUAGAAGUAGGAAACGAAGUAAAUGAGACGGUAGGAAAUGAAGGAACAAAGGAAAAACGAGAUGAAAUUGCGACACGAUUUGCUUAUCGUUAUGAGCAAAAUUUAAGUCAACAAGCUAAGAAAGUGGAAGAACGAACGAAACAAUUAAAUCCAUCAAAGGCUGGUCAGGCAGAACGUCUUGGAAUAGGAUUCAACGCACGCAGUGGUGCAAGUCAUUCGGCUUUAGGUGAUAUGAAGACAAUAACUCAAGAAUCUUCAUCCAAAAAUAUUACAGCUGCUGAACCUAGAUCAAAAAAUACUGAUGUUAUUGGUGAUUUGUUUAUGAGUUUGGAUGAAUUUUAUACAGCUUUAUCGAUUCCAUAUCCUAAUAACAAUAGUAACAAAAUUAAAAGCGAAGAAGUAGUUGUUAUUGCAGAACCGGAACCACCAAAACGACAACCACCUGUGAGUCGUCAAAAUAAUAGUAAAAGUGACAAUAAAACAUCAGAUGAAGGAGAAGCUCAAAAGAAAUUUGGUAGCGCUAAAGCUAUUAGUUCUGAUCAAUAUUUUCAAGACAGUAAUUAUGAUGACUCAUGGGAACGUAAAAGUAACCUUCGUCGCUUUGAAGGCUCAUCCAGUAUAUCAUCGGCAGAUUAUUUUGGCACAGGAGAUUCUUCACCGACUUCUUCUGCUGCUUCUUUAUCAGCUCGCUUUAGCGGAGGACGUGCUGGUGUAGUUGAUUUGGACGAUGUACGCGAAAGUGUACGUCAAGGUGUAAAUAAAGUUGCAGGAAGACUUAGUUCUCUUGCAAAUGCAGCAGUUUCUUCUAUACAAGACCGUUAUGGACUUUAAA